CGGGGUCGGGCCCAGGGGGAGCCGCCACCAUUGCGUCCAACGAGUGGAGUGCCAACGGUAGCCCAGAAGAUGGGCUGGAUGGGGAAAACGAGGACAAGACCAUUGACGGGGACGCCGAGGGCGUGUGGAGCCCAGACAUCGAGCAGAGCUUCCAGGAGGCCCUCGCCAUCUACCCUCCCUGUGGCAGGAGGAAAAUCAUCCUAUCAGAUGAGGGGAAGAUGUAUGGUCGCAAUGAAUUGAUAGCAAGGUACAUCAAGCUGAGGACGGGCAAAACCCGCACAAGAAAACAGGUGUCUAGUCACAUACAGGUGUUAGCACGGAAGAAAGUUCGUGAAUACCAGGCGGGUAUAAAGGCGAUGAAUUUGGAUCAGGCGUCUAAAGACAAAGCCCUGCAGAACAUGGCAGCACUGUCGUCUGCACAGAUCGUCUCCCCGAGUAUGAUAAAGAAUCACCUUCCAACAAUGCCUCCUGCCUCCUACCAACCACCCAGAUUCUGGCCUGCUAUCCCAGGACAGCCUGGACCUUCUCAGGAGCUGAUUCUAGAUCUCAACCAGGGGAGGACUCCUGGGCUUGGCCGCACCAGCCAUGCUAUCAAACCUUUUGCACAGCCCCCAUACCCAAGCCUAUCAGGUCCUGUACAACAAUCCAUACCAAGUUAUGAGCCUUUGGCACCUCCUCCUCCUCCAUCUGCUACUGCAGUGCCAGUGUGGCAGGACCGGACCAUCGCCUCCUCCAAGCUACGGAUGCUGGAGUACUCAGCCUUCAUGGAGGUCCAGAGAGACCCAGACAACUACAGCAAACACCUGUUUGUCCACAUUGGACAGACUAACCCCUCCUACAGCGACCCGCUCCUCGAGGCCGUGGACAUCCGGCAGAUCUACGACAAGUUCCCUGAGAAGAAGGGCGGCCUCAAAGAGCUUUAUGAGAAAGGCCCUCAGAAUGCUUUCUUCCUAGUUAAAUUCUGGGCGGACCUGAACAGUAGCGGCAUGCAGGACGGCCCUGGCUCUUUCUACGGUGUCAGCAGCCAGUACAGCAGCCUCGAGAACAUGACCAUCACGGUUUCAACCAAAGUCUGCUCGUUUGGCAAGCAGGUUGUGGAGAAAGUAGAGACAGAAUAUGCCCGCCUGGAGGGAGGAAGGUGUGUUUACAGGAUCCACCGCUCUCCUAUGUGCGAGUACAUGAUCAACUUUAUCCACAAACUCAAACAUUUGCCUGAAAAAUACAUGAUGAACAGUGUUCUUGAAAACUUCACUAUUCUACAGGUGGUGACGAACCGCGACACCCAGGAGACCUUGCUCUGUAUAGCGUUUGUUUUUGAGGUUUCUACAAGUGAACAUGGAGCUCAGUAUCAUGUCUACAGACUUGUUAAAGACUAACAGCUCCUCAGGGAGGUUUUGGAAAAGCCAGACAAAAGCGUGACACAAUCUCUCUUCGACCGUCAACCAUCCAGGAAAAACUACAACAACAAAAAAACAUAAAAGAAAUGCUACACCGAACUAACAUGGACACAAUAUGCUUUAAAAGAAGUUGUCUUGUUCACAAGGAAAAAAAAGAGUGAAUCUCAACGUGCCAACGCGCAAAGAAAUUUUGAAGAAUUACGGAUUUUUCGAACAACCAGCUAUUUUCCAUGUGUUUAAACAUGCUUUAGAUGAAGUGGGUCACUUUUGCCGAGGUCAUUGAUGGAGCUUGAAAUGUUUUUAUUGAGGGAACGAGAAUGUGCUUAGGGUUGGAAAGACUCUAUAGUAUUCAAGGUGAUCACACUCGGAGCAAUAAGAGAAGUGUAUAUAAGAUUGAAGAAGUAGAGAGAGAACAGGACCACGGAAGGGGAAAACCAGAGCCAAGUGGUGUUGUUGCAGUAGGUUGGUUAGGAAAGCAAGUGCCUUUUCUCCAAAGAUUAUAUCAUUGCCUGCCACUUUUGAUUGCCUUUUUUUACUACCUCUUGUUUUUAAACAAACAGUAAACAGUCAGACUGGUGUAUUUUGUCUGAAAUUUUUUUUUUGGAAAGAAACCUCUCAGAUUGACAUCUUUUGAGAUGUUUUUUUUGUAUUUGGGCACACAGAGGAAUGGGAUGGGAUAACUAAUUUUCAUGUAGCCUGUUGUUUUUACAAAAAGAUCGUCCCAAGUUUUACAGUCCACGUGUAUAGGGAGAAGGUUUAUUGUGUUACCGUACUAUUUAGGUUCUGCUUUUUUAUGUUUUAUUACACAAUUUAAAAAUCAGGUCUUACAAGCAUCUAUCUAUAACUGACUUUUGACACUAAAGAUGCCUUGUACCAUUGCUAGCCUGACAUAAAGCCAGGGCUUUGCCACCCUUCCCCUGUUAAUUCUUUCUGUUUGAAGACGUGUGCUUGGUUGCACUUAAAAGAUCAAGAAGGGGAGGUGAAGCAACAGCAGUGCUUAUUUUCUGCCUUGAGUUUGUUAUGUAGCCUUAUUAAAAAAAUGAACUGUUUCUGUACUGUGAGUCAGUGGAUGCUAAAGGAAUAUGUGUUACAUAGGAGUAUUUCUUUUUUUUUUUUUU